CGCUAGGGCAACGAAUUGGUUUACCGUGAUGAAUUCAUUAUGUAUUUAAGGCUUUGCCUCAGCUUCCAAUGCUGGAAAACAUGAUGUUGUCAGCGACCUAUACAGCAGAACGCAAUAACUAUUUGGGGCUCUAACACCUACACCCAUGUAUGCUUCGCCGCGUUUUGUGGUCAUCAUGGUAUCGUUGUCGCUGACAACUACCGCAUUGCUACUCGGCGCAUGGUACGCACUCGUCGCUUCAGGUGACCAGAGGCCUGGCGUCAGCCUGGGGUGGACGCGGCUGCAUCAGCCCUCGCAGGACCCUCAUUACCUCAACCACCAUUACAACAGUCACAACGGUCUUCAUCAGCAGCAACAGCGCCACAGGCCCCGACAGCAGCAGCAGCCAAAGCAGCUGCCCAGCGGACGAUUAAGAGGCAAGGAAGCCGCUGCCGCUGCAGCCAGCGCUGUCCACAAGAACGGCAAGGGCAGGAGCAGCACCAGCAAGAACAGCACUAGCAAGGAUAACGUCAAGAAAAAGAGCACCAGAAGCAGUACCGGCGGCAAGAACAGCGGCAGUGGCAGCAGGGCGAGUGGCACCAGCAGAAGCCCCUACAAGAGGGCCAACAACAACGGCAGCAGCAGCCCUGGAGGCUCCUGGACUCUGACGCCCCAACCCCACCCCCAUCAUGCCGACAUUGCUGCCCCAGCCCCAACAGCAUCACCACCGCCACUAACAACACCACUAACGAUACCACUAGCACCUUCACUUGCACCCGCUGCUAUUCCGCCAACCAUCAACGACACCAGCAGUCACUACGACCGCUAUGCCGUACUCAUCGACGCUGGCAGCUCCGGAACCCGCAUCCACGUGUACCGCUACCGCAGCAGCAACCGUACGGCAACACCCCCCGUACAGCACCCCUACCCCGCCAUCGAGCUGCCCGGCCGGGUGUUGCGAAC